GCCGGUAUACGAAUGAACAAGAAUUUUUAUUCUCUUGUCGUUGAUGCGGGGGGCUUUGAGAAUCUUCAGUUUCAAGAGAAAGAUUGUCGGAAUUUCAUUGACAAGGCUCGACAUUUAAGGUUGGGUAAAGGUGGUGGCGAAGCACUUAAUCAGUAUUUCCAAAGAAUGAGAGAUCGGAAUGAUGGAUUCGUUUCUAACAUGGACUUGGAUGAUGAGGGAAGGUUACGGAAUGUAUUUUGGGCUGAUGCUCGGAGUCGAGCGGCGUAUGAGUAUUUCGGAGACGUAGUAACAUUUGAUACAACGUACCUAACAAAUAGGUACGGGAUGCCUUUUGCGCCAUUCGUUGGUGUUAAUCAUCAUGGUCAGUCCAUAUUAUUCGGAGCGGGAUUGCUUUCAAACGAGGACACUGAAACUUUUGUGUGGUUGUUCCGAAUGUGGUUGGAUUGUAUGAAUGGUCGGGCGCCCAAAGCCAUGAUAACCGACCAAGAUCGGGCAAUGAAGAGUGCGAUUGCCAUUGUAUUCCCUGAAACUCAUCACAUAUAUUGUUUAUGGCAUAUAAUGCGCAAACUUCCAGAGAAGUUAGGAUCUCAUGCGCAAUUCAAUGCGGGGUUGAAGACUGACCUUCAGACUGCAUUAUAUGACUCACAUACCAGCGGUGAAUUUGAUGAGAGCUGGGGUCAAGUAAUUGCGAAGUAUGAUCUCCACGGCAAUAAAUGGCUUCAAUCCUUAUAUGAGGAAAGGUCUUUUUGGGUUCCAGCCUACUUGAAAAGUGUAUUCUGGGCUGGAAUGAGCACAACACAAAGGUCGGAAAGCAUGAAUGCAUUUUUCGACGGGUAUGUCCAUUCCAGUACCACGUUGAAGGAAUUCGUCGACCAAUUUGAUAAUGCUCUUAGAAAGAAGGUGGAGUUAGAGACAAUGGCUGAUUUCAAUUCUAACAACCAAACUAUUCCCUGCUUGUCCCAUUUUAAUAUUGAGAAGCAGUUCCAAAGGUUAUAUACAAAUGCAAAGUUCAAAGAGGUACAAAGAGAGUUGCUGGGCCUAAUGUGUUGUAAUUGUUCCUUGGUAAGCACAGAAGGGUGCAUUUUAAAAUACCAAGUGUCGGAUGAAAUAUCUACUGAUGACCACAUCAAAACACUCCAUUUCUUUGUUUACUUUAACGAAGAGGAGGUGGAGGUCAAAUGCACGUGUGCACUGUUUCAGAUGAGGGGGAUUUUAUGUAGGCAUGCACUUAGAGUUUGCCAGUUCAAAAAGAUUAAUGUGCUGCCAGAUGUAUAUGUGUUGGAUCGUUGGAGAAAGGACUUAAAGAGGACAUACACAUUAGUCAGAAGUAGUUACGAUGACCAGCGGGAUAGAGCAGACGCACGGAAUUAUGAGCGCGUGCUUAAAAGAUGUUCGAAAUUAGCGACGAAGAUAUCCUCUGAUAAUGAGAAAAUCAGUGCGUUCUUGCGUGUUGUUGAUGAGUUUGAGACAAAAUGUGAAGGUUCAACACUAGAGUCGGCAUAUGAACAAACGAAGGCCAAAGCAAAUGUCGUCUUGGAUAAGGGUAAGAAGAUACUAAGCCCCAACGUGACUCGAGGGAAAGGGAGACCCCCAAGUAAGAGGAAGGUUCCACCAGUGGAAAAGUUGGCACCAAAGAGAAAGAAACCGACUUCCAGGAAAAUUUUGGUAGAUGAAACACAAUGGGGUGAGACACCGGGAUCUGAACAACACCAAUUUGAUUAUGGGGUUGAUGUUGGAACACAAAACAGCAUUCUUACACAAUCAACGCCAGAGAUGUGUCACCAUCUCGAUCCACACUUAUAAUCCCAUGGUGAUGAGAAGCCACAUUUUUUUGAAGCUCUUGGAGAGGAUCUACCACCGUGACUGAAUUGCUGUUUUUGUGUCUUUUAGAGGGUUGGGUGGUAGUUUGUGUAUAUGCAAGUGUGUCUUUUUUGUUCCAAAUGGAGAGGGUUGGGUGUAGUUUGUGUGGUUGUUUUCGGUGUAAUUUUUGUAUCUCUCCAAGAGGGGAAGGUAGUAGUUAGUUGUAUCCAUGGGUGUAUGAUAAAUGGUACGGUUUUUUGUGGAGAUGCAACGGGCAAUUUUUGGUACCUCUUGGAGAUCAAAGGUGUUUUGGUACCAUGAGCCA